CCUAUUUGGCUCUUUCUCCCCAAAAAAUUACAAAAAAUUAGGAGAAAGAAAGCGAUAAGACUUGGAAGAAGAGGUAGAGAGAGAAACCCCAAAUACUCUCACUUAACCACUCCAUUAACCAAACAUUUUCCCACUUUCCUUGUUUUUUCUUCAACACCACACCACCGUCUCCACCGCCGCACUUUCCGCCUUUCUCUCUCCUCACCUUCACCUACUCUCUCUUCCAUUUUUCCCAUUCCUCUUCAUCCUUUUUUCUCUCUCUAAACCUCCAUUUUUUGUGGGUUUUUGAGCUUUUUUUAUAUAUUUUUUUUUCAAUUUUUAUUUGGUACACUUUUAAGGAAUUUGUCUGUACUCUACACUUCCGAUCUCACUCCUCUAUUUUCUAAGGUGCGCAAAUGAAUGGAAAACAUCUGAAUGGUAAAACUCGCAGUUCUGAGAAGCCUGUGCCAGGAUGUUUGGGAAGAAUGGUCAACCUCUUCGAUUUAACAUCCAACAUGUCUGGAAAUCAGCUUCUCACAUACAAGCCUCAUAAUGAUGGUUCUUCUUUGUCAAGAAGUCAAUCCGAUGUUUCCAGGAUGUCAAGCGUUGCUAAUGAUGAGAUGGAAAAUAAAGUGACAGUCUCUGAUUUGAGGAGGUCUUCAUCGAACCGUAAACCUAAUGGAACUCCUGUAAAGAUGUUAAUAGCUCAAGAAAUGUCGAAAGAUUUGGAAUCAAAACAAAAGUCGCCUAAUUUGGUGGCUAAGUUGAUGGGACUCGAUGUGAUUCCUCAGCCGCAGUCUGAUUUUCCUGCCCAGAAGAUUCAAUCGAAAAUUUAUCCCCGAAAUAGUCAUUCAGAGAUACCUACCGGAUAUUGGCAGGAUGAACACGGUUUUUGCCACCGAGAUCAGAAUGGGUACAAGGACAUACAUGAGAUCUGGCAUGAAUCUCAACGAACAAACUCUAGAAGAGAUAAAUCACCUCAAAACGGAAGGUUUAUCGAAAACGUGAAUGAAAAAAAACUGGCUCUUAUUCGUCAAAAGUUUAUGGAAGCGAAACGCCUUUCCACUGACGAGAAGUCACGGCAGACCAAGGAGUUUCAGGAGGCUUUGGAUGUGUUGAGUUCCAACGGGGACUUGUUUCUCAAGGUUCUGCAAGAACCGAAUUCUUUGUUUUCUCCGAAUCUGUAUGUGGGCGAAUCCGUUGGUCCAUCUCCGGAGACCAAGCGCAUUACCGUCCUUAGACCUUCGAAAUUGGUAAGCGACAAUAAGUUUUCUGCACCACCGGCUAAGAGGAAUGAAAAGCAAGUAAAGAAGCAAAUUUCCCUUAACCAAUUUAAUGUAUGGGAUAACCAGCAUCUUGGAUUUCCACCGACUAUAUCGUCCUGGAAAGCUAGUGAUAGUCCUAUCCAGCCUACUCGGAUAGUGGUUUUGAGACCUAGCCCUGCUAUGGCUAAUGAACCUAAGGCGGUUGUCUCUUCUACCCCAUCCUCACCUCGGGUUCUACCUAGUGAAAAUUUGUUUGAAGAACCGGAAGAUGAGGAGGCCCGAGAAGCAAGGGAAGUGGCAAGGGACAUCACGCAACAGAUGCGUGAAAACCUGGCAGGUCACCGAAGAGACGAAACCUUACUUUCUUCUGUGCUUUCUAAUGGUUAUACGGGAGAUGAAAGUUCUUUUGAAAAAUCGGAUAAUAAUUUUGCAGCAGAAAAUCUUAGUGAUUCUGAAGUUAUGUCCCCAACUUCAAGGCAUUCUUGGGACUAUGUAAAUAGAUUUGGUAGUCCAUUUUCUUCAUCGUCUUUCAGCCGUGCAUCCUACUCCCCCGAGUCAUCCGUCUGUAGAGAAGCAAAGAAAAGACUUUCCGAGAGAUGGGCCAUGAUGGCAUCAAAUGGGGAUAGUAAUCAUGAACAACGGCCUUUUCGAAGAAGUUCAAGCACUUUAGGUGAAAUGCUUGCACUUUCCGAGGUGAAGAAAUCUGAAAUAUGUGAGGAAGAGGAUGCCAUUAAUGAUCAUGAUCCUAAGAGCUCGACUUCCGGCCUUAAUAGCAAUAUGGGUGCCGGACAAAGUGGAGAUAUUUCUCCCCGGAACUUGUUGAGAUCAAAAUCGGUUCCGGUGUCAUCUACAGCUUAUGGAGAUAGGCUAAAUGUUGAAGUCAAGAGUCCAGCACUAUGUAAGGAGGAAGUUUCAAAGGAUAUAAUAAAGGCAAAAGCAUCAAAGACGUCUUUUACCGGAAAAGUUACGAGUUUGUUCUUCUCGAGGAAUAAGAAAUCUAGGAAAGAGAAGUCCGGAAAAUCGCUUUCUAACGAAGUAUCUCAACCGCCAACAGCUGAAACUCCGGGAUUGCUUGCACCUCCUGCAAGGACAAGCGAUGACCAUUUAGAAUCGAUUCUCUCCCCAACAUCACAGUCUCGUACUGGUGCUGUUAUGACAGAUCUGAAUGAUACGAGACUUGGGCAAGGUGUAUGCUCUCAGCAGCCAGGAGCACCUGUAUUGCAAGGGGAGAAUCACGAACAACCCAGCCCAAUAUCGGUUCUGGAACCUCCGUUUGAAGAGGACGACAGUGCCUUUCUCGGUUGCUCUCGUAGCAUAGAGCCAAGUACACGUGGAGAUCAUUUGCCUCUUUGCCUUGGCAAGUCGAAUCUGAUCGAUAAAUCUCCACCCAUCGGGUCAAUUGCAAGGACCUUAUCAUGGGAAGAGUCCUAUGCGGAAACUGUCACCAACUAUCCUCUGCAUUCCCCGUUUGUGUCGCCAGGAGUAGAGGAUGAUGAAGUUGAAUAUCAAUACUUAAUUCAAUCCCUACUAACGGUGGCAGGCCUCGACGUAGACGGACAAGUCGAUUCAAAUCUUGCCCGAUGGUACUCCCCCGAUAGCCCAUUAGAUCCCCUCUUGAGGGAUAAAUACACCGACAUGAGCGAUAAGGAGCCAUUACACGAAGCUAAAAGAAGACAGCUGAGAUCGACAAGAAAGCUCGUUUUCGACUGUGUCAACGCAGCACUAGUUGAUAUAACAGGGUUUCGAACCGUCACAGGCGGCAAGAGUAGAUACCUGGAAAGUGGGCCCGGGAUGGCAUUGGCAGAUAAGGUGUGGGCCUGGAUGAAGGAAGUGUUGCCUAGUGAGGUGAAGUACCUUUCAGAUGAUUGUGGGGACACCCACAGCUUGGUGGAAAUGCAGGUAAGGAUGGAAGUAAUAGGAAAAGGUUGGAAUGAACAAAUAAAAUUAGAUGUUGACAAUAUAGGCAAGGAAAUUGAAGGGAAACUUCUUGAAGAACUUGUUGAGGAGUCCUUGAUUGAAUGGACAUGGUAGAGAGUUAUUAUUAUAAUAAUACAAUCUUAAUCUUGUUUAUUGCUAUUAAUAUAACUCCCUAAUUAAUUAUUAUCAUAAUUUAAAUGUAUUAAUUUUGUGUAUGAACGGCUUCUAACUCAACAUUACUAAUCUUUUCCUCAAUUACUGUUACUGAUCCAAGUAUUUUGCAAAAAUGUGUAUUUAAAUAAUUUAAUUGUAUUCACUCCAUAAUUUAGUCUGUUUUACU